CAGAACCAAGAACACCCAAGCAUGGCCAUGAUCCAUCCCAGGAGACUUGCUCAGUUGGUGAGGAAGUGGCAAAAGGUCAAGCACCCCUCCAGUGAUGACAAAGCAUGCUGCACAACAUCACCGAUCGCAGACAAAGGGCACUGCGCCAUGUACACAGCCGAUGGAAGGCGGUUCGAGGUCCCCUUGACGUACCUCGACACGACGCUCUUCGGCGAGCUGCUAAGGAUGUCCCAGGAGGAGUUUGGGUUUGCAUGUGACGGCAGGAUCACACUGCCCUUCGAUGUGGCAGUGAUGGAGUAUGCCAUGUGCUUGCUCAGAAGAAAUGCAUCGGAGGAAGUAGAGAGCGCGUUCCUGAGCUCUGUAGUGACGCCUUGCCAAUAUACAAGCUGUACGGCGCCACCUGCAUCGCUGCACCAGCAGCUUGCAGUUUGUAGCUCCUGAAUAUAUUCAGAUUUUCCCCCUCAUUGUU